AUGUCGGAACCUAGUACGGAGCUCCAGAAAGGUACGUCAGCGCGACACCAAAAUGUGUGCAUUGUUGCGUGACAGUGUAUGCACCGUUUAGAGACUGCACCGAGUGGAGUGGUCAACCAUUAUUACUGGUUUUUCGCUUAAGAUUUAAAAUUUUUCACGGGCUUUUCUCACAAAAGUUCGAGAAAAAUAUAAUUAAUUUGCAGAAUGGGAGCGAUUCGACGAAAUUUCACUCAAAAAAGUGGAUAUUGUGGACGAGGAGAGCGAACUUGAAGAAGUCAAAGGGGAUAAGACUGAGAAAAAAAGGGGGACUGCAGAUGACACAGAAACGAAAGCAGUUACCGAUCCGCUGCAAUCUAAAACUGAGGACCAUGAAGUGGAAGAAGUGAAAGUGAGACAACCAGCCAAACCAAAACCGACAGUCCCCAGUAUCCCGAGAAUACCUGUUCAGCACACGGAAAAACGGUAUUUUAUCGAUUUUUGAGGUAGUCUACUCAUUCUUUGCAGCGCUAUUCCACGGAUUCCCCUAGUCCCACACCCUUCCGCACCACAGAAAUCACCUGCCUAUCUCGGUAUGCUUUCGGAAAUGAAAUUUAGUUAUAAUUUAGCUUUUUCAGACGUUUCGAAACUGGAAGAUGGAACGUCAGGACCAGCAAAAGCAAGCGCAAUCUCGGACCCGACAAAUGUGAACGGAAAGGUUCUUGCGACGGUGUUUCCGGAUAACAUGAUCUGUGAUUGGGUCACUCCGCCGCACUACGACGCAUACAGCAUGCCAUCCAUUCUCGCCAUCGACUUGCCAUCGGUAAUUAAGUUUCAACAAAACACAACGGACUUGGGUGAUUUCAGCUGACUGGAGAGGACUACAUCGCUGCCAUCGAGGCUAUCAUUAAAGACACAAGGUUCAAAAUGUAUGUGAAAACAGUGAUUAUGUCUGAAAGUUGAAGUGAAAUGCUGAGCUGGACAAAAGGCCGGCCGACUUUCAGUGAUCCGAUCGGACCCAAACUUUGCAGGCUUCUCAGACAUGGAUAUAAGUGUCUUGGGUCCAAGUUUCAGACCAAUCAGAUAGUUUACUCAGAAUAUAUGUGCAUCAGACGCCAGAAAAGCCACAGUCAUCGCCAAAACCAGGCCUUGUCGUUCUCAAACCAGUAUAUCUCGGGGUCAGAUAAUCCGAUCGGUCUGAAACUUGGAUGCAACACACUUUUAUCCAAGUAUAAGAAAGCAACAAAGUUCAAGCCGCAACAGGCCUUCUAAAAGACUGGACCGGCCUUUUGGCGAGUCCUGGUAAAAUGUGGUAUUCUUCCAGGUUCUCCACCAUCUACUCUCGUCUCAUCGCAAUCUGGAUGACAAUUUGGAUAUUCUCUCUGGCGAUCACUCUGCUGCUCCAAUCACAGGGAGGCUGGCCGGUGAUGAUCUGGUGCCUCGUUUGGGCCGUACUUCUCUUCGUUGGCGUUUAUGUGUGUGCGAUGAUAAGGAAGAGAGUGAGUGACGAUAAAAGGCUACGGAGCACGGAGAAAAAGUGAUAAACGGACGGACGGACGGUCAAAUUUUGCAGAUACGGAUUGGGCUGAACCACGUUGUUGAGAAAGCAAACAAGAUAAUUGUUGAUCGGCAUUUUCUCACUGGAGUGGAGGACCGCGGCCAAUUGAGUUGCCACAAAGUUGUGGUAAGAGCGGCGGAGCACUUCAAGAAAGAGUCAGAGUUCAAUUUGCAGAUCCACUUUAUCCGUUUCAACGUCGGAGAAUGUACUGCUGAAGUGAUAAAGCAACUGAAAAUCAAAAACUCCGGAGGAUGCGUGUUCGGCGGAGGUCCCCAGCUGGAGCCGAAUGACGAGAGCUUCGACAGAGAGGCGGCUGCUUUGAUCAUGGAGUACAGUCAGGAAUACGUCAAAAGUGUAGUCAAGGUACCGAAAUGAAGAAAAUUGUCUUCUGGGCAGAGUAUAUGUUUCAGAAACGUCUCAUUUUCCCAAAAAACCCGGUUCAAGGAGUUUCCAACUACGCCCCGAAACAUUGCAAGACUCAAAUGUGCCUUUGCCAAUUCAUUGACGAGGUAAUAAAAAAGUUUGGUCAAAGACAUACAACGAAAUUUGUGAGUCAAUUAUCCCGGGCAUGUGUUUUAUAAUUUUUGGUCGGUGAUCUGUAAAUUUGAGCAAUUUGUGCGACAAACGGUGAUUUACAGAAGAAAUUCAACGCGAAACAAAGGAAAUGGUACGAGCGAUACAUCUAA